GCGAGCUCCUGACGCGGCGGGGCGUCUCUUCUGGCGGGCACAAGCUGCGCUCUGUCCCUUGCGCGGUCAGGGAGGAAGGGGCGUGAUGGGCCUCGCGAAGGAAGAGGACGCGGAGGGAGCGGACACCUCGCUGCCAGGUGAGAAUUAUGAAGAUGAUGACCUUGACCUAGUAAAUUCUGAUGAGGUUAUGAAGAAACCAUGUCCAGUACAGAUUGUUCUUGCUCAUGAAGAUGACCAUAACUUUGAGCUUGAUGAAGAAGCUUUGGAGCAGAUACUGCUACAGGAGCACAUUCGAGAUCUUAACAUAGUAGUGGUAUCUGUGGCAGGAGCUUUUCGUAAAGGGAAAUCUUUUCUACUGGACUUCAUGCUUAGAUACAUGUAUAACAAGGAUUCGCAAAGUUGGAUUGGUGGAAACAAUGAACCAUUGACUGGCUUUACAUGGCGAGGUGGUUGUGAAAGGGAAACAACAGGCAUACAAGUUUGGAAUGAAGUAUUUGUGAUUGACAGACCAAAUGGAACAAAAGUUGCUGUGCUGCUUAUGGAUACUCAGGGUGCCUUUGAUAGCCAGUCCACUAUUAAAGACUGUGCAACGGUGUUUGCUCUGAGCACUAUGACUAGCUCUGUCCAGGUAUAUAAUCUAUCUCAGAAUAUUCAAGAAGAUGAUCUUCAACACUUGCAAUUAUUUACAGAAUAUGGAAGACUUGCAAUGGAAGAAAUCUAUCAGAAACCAUUUCAGACAUUAAUGUUUUUGAUUCGAGAUUGGAGUUAUCCUUAUGAACAUUCAUAUGGUUUGGAAGGUGGAAAACAAUUUCUCGAAAAGAGAUUGCAGGUAAAACAAAAUCAACAUGAAGAGCUACAGAAUGUAAGGAAGCACAUUCACAAUUGUUUCUCAAACCUUGGUUGCUUCCUUUUGCCACAUCCGGGUCUUAAAGUUGCAACUAAUCCUAGUUUUGAUGGGAGAUUGAAAGAUAUUGAUGAAGACUUUAAACGAGAGCUUCGAAAUCUGGUUCCAUUGCUGCUUGCCCCUGAAAAUUUGGUAGAAAAAGAAAUAAGUGGAUCUAAAGUCACUUGUAGAGAUCUUGUAGAAUAUUUUAAGGCUUACAUUAAAAUUUAUCAAGGAGAGGAACUUCCACAUCCAAAGUCCAUGCUUCAGGCAACAGCUGAAGCUAAUAAUCUUGCUGCAGUAGCAGGAGCAAGAGAUACCUAUUGCAAAAGUAUGGAACAGGUAUGUGGUGGGGACAAGCCUUACAUUGCACCUUCAGAUCUGGAGCGAAAACACCUGGAUCUCAAGGAAGUGGCGAUUAAACAGUUUCGUUCUGUGAAAAAAAUGGGCGGAGAUGAAUUCUGCCGUCGUUAUCAGGACCAGCUUGAAGCUGAAAUUGAAGAAACCUAUGCAAAUUUUAUAAAGCACAAUGAUGGCAAAAAUAUCUUCUAUGCUGCUCGUACCCCUGCCACACUGUUUGCGGUCAUGUUUGCUAUGUAUAUAAUCUCAGGACUGACUGGCUUCAUUGGCCUGAACUCUAUAGCCGUCUUGUGUAACCUUGUCAUGGGGUUAGCACUGACAUCUCUUUGUACUUGGGCAUAUGUUAAAUACUCUGGGGAGUUCAGAGAAAUUGGAACAAUGAUUGAUCAGAUUGCUGAAACACUAUGGGAACAGGUAUUGAAGCCCCUGGGUGAUAAUUUGAUGGAGGAAAACAUAAGGCAGUCUGUAACAAACUCUAUCAAAGCAGGCCUGACUGACCAGGUGUCUCAUCAUGCCAGAUUAAAGACAGACUGACAGUUCAUCUCCUCAUGGACUCCACUCUCUUUUCUUUUUCAUGCUUGCUGUACAAUGAGAACUCAGAAUAAACCAAAGUUUACAAUCAACUGUAGAAGUAGUUUAGUAUGACUGGCUUCACAGAUGGCUGCCACAGAGUGUGAAAAUUGUUUGUUGGUUUUAAGCAUUCUUUUAAUGACUCCUUAAGACAUGCAGAUUGGCUGAGGAGCAUUAGUUUAUCAUGCACAUUUGUGCCAUGUUUAAUUCUUUUAUUUCGUUUUACUUAAUCUAAUGUUAGUGAAAUUUGUCUUAUGUAAAAGGAUAUUUCAGGGAAAUAUUUUAAUAAAUCUAUUUAGAAUCUCUUUAACACAGUGUCCCAUUGAGAUUUUAAUUUUUAGAGAAGUUAUGAAUCACUGUAUCAAGAAUCAGAUUGGAAUGACAAUGAAGCCUUUAUUGAGCCACUACAUUAAAAGUAUAUAUUGCUUUACUGCCUUCAAUGCCAGUAUUACGUAAAUGCAUGUAUCAGAAACUUCACAGAAAUUACACGACAACUCUUGUAGCUAAGAAAGUAAUUCUGAGGUGUACAUUUGUCUUGCCUUUUUAAAUUUAUAAACCUGCCCUAAAAAGGAGAUGCAUAUCUGGGAAACUGAACUGUCUUUUUGCAGUUUAGCCUUCAUGUAAAUAAAAUAUGCCAUUAAUUUUAUUGGGGGAGAAAUUCCAUCCAAAAAUGUUGCCUACAGCUAUGAGUUAAGAGUGUCUGUACAGUGUGCAGCUUUUAUUUUCUAAAAUCACAGAUAGGGCAUGUAUAUGAAUUAUAAAUAUAUAAAUACAAUUUUGUAUUAAAAGUUUUGUAGUUUAUGGCAAAAUCUGGUUCCGUGGUAGGCUAAUAAGUACAGUCCCUGUGAAAGGAAUGUUUGUGGCUCAUGUCAGUGUGUGAAUGCAUAGACAAUUUGAAGUUUUUGAUAUAUUUGUGAUAUUUAAUCUUCCUUGAGCACUGCAAUCUCCCCCCCCACCCCAAGGGAAUUCAAUGGGAAUGUUUAUUGUGACUUUGUCCUCUGUUGCAUUUUAAAGUUAUUUCCUGUAAUUUAUUUUCAGUACAUAAUUAAAAAUUUGUUGUAUAUAUAAAA